ACAGGUUUGUGUGUUUAUCAUGACGUUCUUCCUUGGAAAUAAAGCACAGAAGUAAAACUAUCCAAAGUUGACAAUGGGGAGAAGGAAGAAGGCAUCAAAACCCCCACCAAAGAAGAAGGCUAUUCAGCCUCUUGAUACCCUCUUCAACUGUCCAUUCUGUAACCACGAGAAAUCAUGUGAAGUCAAGCUUGACCGGCAGAGGAAUACUGGCGUGAUCACUUGUGGUGUAUGCCUAGAAGAUUAUCAGACGACCAUCAACUAUCUGUCAGAAGCUAUUGAUGUGUACAGUGACUGGAUAGAUGCAUGUGAGGCAGCCAAUCAAUAGCGUUGUGUUCUGGUGACACCUGGUGUCAUCAGGUCCUGGGUCUCUCCAGACAUCUUUACCAAACUCGUGAAAUGGACAUACUGAAAGUGACAGUUUCGCUCACUGGGAUACACCUACAAAACUGCCAUUAUGAAGAAGCUGGUGCAAUGGUGUGAAUCAGAAUAUCUUUUCCUGAUGUUGGUUCAAACAUGUUAAAUGCAAAUAUGUAACUGUGUGCAUCUUCAGUAACCGUGUCAUUUUCAUUUCAAAGUUUGUAAAUGACCAGUUUGCAUUCAAAUGGGUUUGUAUGCAUGUCUUAUACACUUCAUAUGUACAGACAUGUUUUGGCAUUGAUGUCAAUGUUUUAACAUGGUUCAGAAGGUCGAAUCUAGUUAAGUUUGUUCUAAGUAGUGAAAUCACUGGAAUGAGAUAAUUUUUCGGACGAAACGGCACAUCACUGUCAUAUGUAGUCAAUUUGGACUGAACUGUGAGACCAAGAGUAUCAAUGAACAUGAUUAAUGGUUGUAAUAUUCUUGAUGUAUUUACAAUGAUCUCUUUCAGUAAGUUUGAAUCUCUAUCUACAUCACAUGGAUGUCUGCUGGUAUGUUUUCAUGGUCACUGUGCACCUUUGUUGUGUGUUGGGGGGGGAAUGGGUGUCCCAGUCGUAUAAGGCACUUUAGGUCGCUGUCCCUUGGGCACGUCUUGUCGCGAAUAGUUUGAAAUUUUCUGAUACAGCAUAAAUCAAUAUUCAUUCAUUCAAUCAUUCCCUUGGGCACGCCAGAAACCCGUGAUUGUGGGUUCAAAUCCCGGUUCACCCUGAUCAUGUUUCUUGGUUGUCAGCACAAUACCCUUGCUCAUGGGUUUCACCAAAGUGGUAAAUGUAAAUGUCUGAGAUGUAGCAAUGAAGCCAAGACUCUUAACACAAAAUUUCAUCAUAUAUAAAAAAUAAUUUCCUAAAUUUCCGUUUAUCAACAGGUCGCAUAUUACUUACCAUUUAAUGGGAGUAGUGCAGCAGCAUAGUUAUAACUGACAUUAUUUCAUUAUGGCAUUCAGUUUGAGAGACAGGUGUAUAUGCCCACAUUUGUAUCCAUUUGCUCAACAUAAGUGCAUAAGGCCAUGAGUGCUUAAAAUUUGAGAUUUUAUUAGUUAUGCUUCUAUGCCAAACUGUUAACACAAAAAGUGAUUUCCCUAUAAGCCUGUAUAGUAAAUUAAGAAUUUGUCACAGUGUUUAGUAACAGCGCAUAGUGCAAUUCAAUGUGCAGUGAUACCCCCCACAUUCCUUGUCUUUUCAAUAUCGUUUAGAUUUUUAAAAUACAUACGGUACCAUAUUUUAGAAAUAGUUGAAUACUCUGAAUGCAGACCAGCGAACAUCCUUAAAUCAUUUCAGGUUGUUGGGGAUGGGGUUGAGACAUAUUCCAUGUUGAGUGAGGACCAAUACAAUGCUAAUAUUCCUCUCAGUAUUGCCACUUACCAAGAACCCUAUGGUUAACUACUGGGAAGAUUAGCAAUAAACAGCAACAGUGAGUCCUUUAGUUUACAAAACUAUAGAUUUGGUUAUUGAAAUGUAUGUCACUGUAAGACAUGUAGUUACAAAAGUGUGCUAAGUCUUAUGGUACUGUAUGCUAUCAAAUUUGGCAUUGUCUUUAGCGUGAUCUGUAAAUUGAAGUUUUCAGUCUGCUUGUUCUAGUGCUAUGAUUCAGAGUUAAAAAUUGUUGUCAUGAUAAAUUGAUCAAUAAUACCAGUAUUUCUUUUUGUUAUUAUUUCAAAUUGUUCCAUGAUCUCUCCACUGCAUGGUCAUUGGUUCAGUGAACAGGAAGGAGUGGCCCAGGUUCGUUAUCCCUAGAUUCUUUCUUCAGAUCCCAGUAAUAAGUACAUACUGUUAUACACUGACAGUCAGAUACACAACAAAUGUGAAGUGGCAGAAGUUCAUAAAAAAUAGUGUAUGCAUGAAAAUCGCGAAAACACUUUUGAAAACAAAUACUUCUUCCUGUUGAGUGUUUAAGUUGUGUGAAGGUUAGAGAUUUUAUUUGGCAUUUUGAUAUACAUUGGUGUUAAUUUGGUACAAUUAUUGUAGGAAGUUGUAGGAAAACAGUGUUUAAGAGAAUGCACUCUGUCAUUGAUUUCUCACACGUGUAACAUUGAAGGGCUAGCAGGGUUAGAAAUGCACCAUCAACACUCCAUGAGUCACUGCAAAAUUCUAACCACAGGUACUGCAGGUGCACUUUGUGACCAAGACACUGGAUACAAUGACACCACUGUCAAUUUUGUCACGCUUUGAAACUGCAGUGAAACUAUCAGUUUUCCUUGACAGAUUCUCCUGCAGUGUACACUAUGUCCUAUACUUGAAAUGCUUGUGAUGCUCUACACUCGUGCCAAUACUACCUACCGCAGGCAGGCACCAAGGCCCUGUUCCACAAGGAUCUGCUGGUCUGCCUGCUACAGAUGCUUGUAACUUGAUGAGACUAAGGUCACAUUCGUCCCUGAUAGCUUAACCACUGUGUACAAGGUGUAAGGUUUCAGCCAGACGGAUGAUAAGGCUUCAGUCCUGUGUAUGUUACUCUAAUGUGCUGCUCACAAUGAUAUUGAUGUACAUGGUCAUGUUUGAUAAAUGUGUUCAAUAAACAUGAUCUGCUGAA